UGUUACCCUGGACGUUAUGGACUGUUUUGUGAACACGCAUUUCCUUUAAGUUGCCUGGAUAAUAUGUGUGAUAAAACAAACGGUCAUUGCUUCGAAUGCAUACAUGGAUUCUCUGGUGAGCUAUGCAAUGUGUCUUUAUGUCCUGCUAAUUGUUUGAGUUGUAUCGGCUUAAAGUGCAAUAUGACCGGCAGAAUAUGUACUAGAGAAGGUGUGUGUAUUAACGGAUGUGUUACAGACUUCAUAGGACCGUCAUGUGACAGAACGUGCCCCACACACUGUGCACAAGUGCCGAAUGGAAGCAGGUGCUCUAGCGACGGAGUAUGUAACAAUGGAUGUACGCUUCAUUAUUAUGGCAGUUGGUGUGAGAACGUGUGUCCAGCAUAGUGUCUAUCGGUUGGUACCGGACACAGAUGCGUUGAUAAUGGAACAUGUAAGGAAGGCUGUAUUGCAGGGUACUCAGGAGAAAGAUGCGGGCAACGAGAUGACUCACUUCCCCCGGACGACUGUAAAUCUGCUAGUACAGCAGGAAUCGUGGCAGGUUCGUUUUUGGUGGUGUGGCCCUAACAGUUGCAUGUGGGGUGAUCGCACUUGUAGUGUGGAUGAAGAGGAAGAAACCUACAAAUACUAA